CUGCUGCUGCCCGCCAAGGCCGACACCCGCCUGGGCCAGCACUGGUACCCACUGCCGGUGCUGUUCUGCAAGGUGUUCCGCUGGCCCGACCUCCGCCACUGCUCCGAAGUCAAGCGCUUGUGUUGCUGUGAAUCCUACAGCAAGGCUCACCCCGAGCUGGUCUGCUGCAACCCGCACCACCUCAGCCGGCUCGGCGAGCUAGAGUCUCCCCCUCCACCCUACUCCAGAUACCCAAUGGAUUUUCUCAAACCAACUGCAGAUUGUCCACACUCUGGGCCUUCCUCCACUGAAACAGGGGGAACCACUUCUCUGGCCCCGUGGGGGCUUUCAGAUUCCAAGCUCUUCAGGCCGGGGGAUCGCUCACACUGCUGCGUGGUGGCGUACUGGGAGGAGAAGACGCGCGUG